AUGGUGCUUCAAAACCCUCGUCUGGGGUCUUUCGGCGAGUGCCUGAACUGCACCGCCUCCGAUUUGUACGGCAUCUUCAGCUUUGAGUCCUCUGACCGCGUGCAUGCGAUUAAGUUCCGAGACGCUUUCGCCAACAAGGAAAUCUGCGCGUUUUGCCGACUCCUCGCGCAGACGGCGCGCAAAUUCACGCCCCAUCAAGUUGUCGACCAUCGAGAGGGAGUGCCGGUGACGUUCUCAUUCUCUGUGAAGCAUUUUCAAGACACUCUCGCAGAGCUAGGAAGCCGCUUUCUGCACGUCACCAUAUCUCCACCUCCGUCGCCUCUGGACAUAGACAAGCAACUUGCAUUCCGCCUCAUACCAAUAUCAGAGUCGCUGCCUGAGUCAUUAUUCCACCGUAUUGACCAGGACAGGAUUGACCUCGAGAUUUGUCGAAAAUGGGUCACUAAAUGCGAGAACGAGCAUCCUAGCCAGUGUGGUGCCUUUUCCAGCCCAACACAAUCUGGCCCAGGAUCAUCGUUUCGCCUAAUUGAUGUCGUUGAUGAGUGCGUUGUAGUGCCGCCGCCCGGCGCUCAAUAUAUUGCUUUAAGCUAUGUUUGGGGCCGGACUCAUUACCUGCAGUUGAAUAGCCAGACUGCGCCCAUCUUAUCUGAAAAAGGCAGUCUAUUCGCUCAGGAAACUCCCAUUGGCCAGACGAUUACCGAUGCCAUCACGGUGGUAAAGGCUUUGGGUGAGAGGUAUCUCUGGGUCGACCAGCUUUGCAUCAAUCAAACUGAGCUUCAUAAAACUUUACAUAUCAAGUCGAUGGACAGGAUCUACGGGGCUGCCUUGCUUACUAUUGUUGCGGCUGAUGGCAUCGAUGCAAACGCCGGCCUUCCAGGCGUUCGACCAGGAACACGAACUCGAAACAUCAAUCAGCUACAUGAAGAAAUCUGGCCAGGCUUUUCUAUUGCGACCGCCAUUGAUCUUCCCCUGGACCCAGCCGGUUCAGUCUGGGGCUCUCGAGGAUGGACUUUUCAGGAGCAGUUACUGUCUAGGCGGUUGCUUCUGUUUUACCAAGGCAGCGUUUUUUGGCAAUGCCGAAGUGCAUGUUUCUGUGAGGAUGCACCAGCCUCGAUGAAAACCCAAGCCAAACAAAUACACUGGCUCGAACAGCUGUCGCCUCGUUGGGCACAAGACGAGGCUCCGCGACAGCGCAUUGAGAAGCAAUGGGAUGACAAUGGAGAGGAUUUCAUGCCAGUCCAAUUGUGUCGCCCUGUCGUUUUUACCGAAUACGCAAAAGCAGUAAAAGAGUAUACUAAACGGCGUCUCACUUUUUCUGACGACAUAAUUAACGCGUUUGAGGGUAUUUCGAGCCAAUUGAGUCACCAUAUGGGAAACAAAUUCCUAGCUGCUCUUCCUGAGAGCUACUUGGAUAUAGCAUUGCUUUGGGCCCCAUCUGUCUUGCAAGAGCGUCGGCGGAGUGAAGAAACAGGAUUUCCUAGCUGGUCGUGGGCUGGCUGGAUUGGACAGGCAGGAUACGAUGCUCCUGGACCAGACGAGAAAGAAUUGAUAGAGUUGACUACGAAGUGGUAUGUCAAAGAUGGACCGACGGAACCUCGUCUAGCAAACGAUGUUGGCAUGGGCAUUGAUGAAGCCCCUCUCGGCUGCACUCUCAGCAUCAACGCGCUAUGCUGGGAGCCCAUAUUUGAGUCCAUCGGAGGACAUUCUGGAAAGAGGCCAGAAGUAGAAAUCCCCAGCAUGCAAGGCCCAUACCUCCAAUUCUGGACGAGCUGCUCAUUCUUCACAAUUGUUCAGAGAAAGUGGCGCGACCCAGAGACACUUCAGAUGAAUUCAUCGGUGAGGAAGCCAAUCCAUGCGCAUAUCCACUGUACAACAGGCAGCAGACGCCAGCUCGCAGGACGCUUGAUUCUCAAUGGCAACGGGCCUGAAGAAGUGAUAGAAGGCAAUCACGAGUUUAUUGUUCUUUCCGGAGCCUUGGUCAAGGGGUUCGACUCAAUUACUGGAAACGUGACAUAUUCGGACGAGGCGGAGAUGUACAAUGUUAUGCUUGUUGAGUGGGAUGACCAACAUCAGGUUGCAACUCGGCUGGGUAUCGGUAGGAUAUUCAAGGAGGCGUGGGAUAUGUCUUUACCUAUCAUUCGAUUUGUAACUCUUGGUUGA